UCGGCAGUCGGCUCCAGAUAGGAUCCCGGUCCCCCUGAGGCCCAACGGUAUCGGCAAGCUCCUGCACCUUUUGUUUAUUCUGUGUGCUGAUGGUCGACGCCCCGAACGGCGUGACCGUGCUCACGUUGUGCGUAUUUCACGCGCAAGGUGUGUCUCUCCCGAUCGCACGGGUAGGUGGGCUCGCGAUGGCACUGCUUACCCGGCAGGGGAGGGGACAGGUGCGUGGGGGACAAUGGGACAAACAGUGGAGCAUUACAGGACAAACAGUGCUGCCAUAAAAGUGAAUAAAAAAUAGGUGAUACUUUGGUGAUGAGUGUGCAAAUAACCACAGAGGUAGUAAAGUACUGAUUGUGAUGAGGUGCCAUAUUAACAACGCUGUGCAGUGCAAUGCAGUGAUGGGACAGAUGCAGCUCAUUGACUGUUCAGUGGCUUGACAGCCUGUGGUAGGAAACUGUCCUUGAACCAGGUGGUGUGGGAGAUGAUGCACCGGUAGUGAUUUCCAGAGAGCAGCAGUGUGAAGAGGGAGUGAGCUGGGUGAAUGUACUCCUUGAUGAGACUCCUUUUCUGGUGAGGGGAGAGUGUGGAUUCAGUCGGGACAUGAGGUUUAGAUUUCUGAAACGAUUUGGCCGUAUUGGGUUUUAAAUAAACCUCCCUGUCUCCUGUUGUGUCCUGAAUGUACCACAUAUGAAGCUUCAUCACUGUGUCUCGGUGACAGGGUCCGUUCGAAAUCCCAUGAGACGUCACUGGGGAGAAAGUUACUAGUUCCGUACCAACGCAGCGCCCCAAACCCAUCUCGUGAAAUAGGUCGGUGAAGCAGGGCUUCGCUUACAUAUGAAAUAUUUAGCGGGAGCUUCGAGGGCGCAUGCAAGGGGAUGUGCUCACAUCAGAGGAGGGCUGAGACUGGCUCUGAUUGGCUGUUGCUAGGCAACAGGCAAAAAGCAGGCCGCGCAGAGCUGGGGGGUUGGGGCAGAGCGUCGGUGGCCGGCAGCAGAGAGGGGCUGGAGAAAGGAGCAUGACUGAGUGUCUGGCACCGCUGGGUGGUGUUGGCCUGGAGAGUCGGCGUGCGCCGCAAGCCGCCUUCGCCGGUCAUGCUCGGCGCACGCAGGACCUGGGACUUUGACCACACCCCCUGCUUACAGGAGCUCUGGAAGAGAGACAUCUCAUUCGACGACAGCUCGCUGGAUCUCCUCAUGAGUGACGGCGAGGAGGACACCUCCUUCCUCCCACUGCAGACCUCUGCCUUCCCCCAUCGCUUACUGACCUCUGACCUCCCCAAUCCCAGCAACCAACAGCUGCUCAUACAGACCUUGCAGGACAAGGUGUCUGAGUUCCAGGCUCGCUUGUGCAGGGAGGACGCCGGCUGGGGGUCCCAGGGUCUCUGGACCCCGAAGCAGGAGUGCAGAGCAUCGCAGCUGGAGGUUGCGCCCGCUGGUGGGGGGGGCUCCUCUCAAGGACCGUCUGAGCUGCAUCCAGCAGAACAGGGACAGGGGCUUCAGGAGGGAAGCGAUACCCAGAACCUUUCACACGUCAAGGACCCCGCCCAGCAGGCCCUGAUCGGCAGGCUGCGUGCACAGGUGGGGCUGCUGGAGGAGAAGCUGCUGGAUCAGACCCAGGAGGUGGAGAGGCUGCGCGCUGGACUGGGGGCAACGGACCUGGAAAAGCAACUAGAAGUCCUAGUGUUGGAGAAUGAGCGUCUCAAACAGGAGCUACGAGAGUGCCAGCGCAGCCAGGAGGUGGAGGCUCUCCGGAGGCAGCUGGCCCAGCGUGAUGGGGAGGUCCAGGAACAGCAGCAGCAGCUUCGCGAGCUGCAGCAGCAGCUGGAGCAGGUACUCCAGGAGCAGGGGACAGAACCGCAGCUGAGCCAGAGGCUGAGAGCCCCAUCCAGGCAGCCAAUGCUGCCCCCUCAGGCCAAGUAUUUGGCAGAUGUGGGUGAGAUGGCUUUUCCCCGACACAAACGGACGCUUCACGAGGUCCAGACCCAGGCCCAGAACCAGGCCUUGCAGGAGCAACUUGUGGUCCAACAGGAUCUUUUCCUUGAGCUGCAGCAGCAGUUGCAUGAGUCGCAGCGAGUCAGCAGUCAGCUGUGUGCACAGGUCUUGGCAUAUGAGGGGGAAAUGGAGCGGUGCCAGGGCCAGCUGGAGGCGGAGAUGCAGACCCUGGAGGAGGAGAAGAACCGUGUCAUUGAGGAGGCCUUCAUCCGGGCCGAGAGCGAGAUGAAGGCAGUGCAUCAGAACCUGGCGGGUGUGCGGAUGAACCUUCUGACUUUGCAGCCUGCCCUGCGCACCCUCACCUGCGAUUACAACUGCCUGAAGAGGCAGGUGCAGGACUUCCCCUUCAUGCUGGAGAAGGCCAUCGCCGAGGCCAAGCAGGAGAUCUGUCAUGUGAUCAGGGAAGUGAGCAGCACCAACCGAGAGCUUCUGCGCAAGUACAAGAGAGAGAUGAACCUGAGGAAGAGGUGCCAUGAUGAACUGGUCCGUCUCAGAGGAAACAUCCGUGUCUUCUGCCGAGUCCGACCUGUAGGCCAGGAGGCCGGCUCAAGUGGGUCCAGGAGCAUCGUGACCUUUAACCCAGAUGAUGACGCUCUGCUCCACCUAGCAAACAAAGGGAAGCUGAUGACUUUCGAGUUGGACAAGGUGUUUCCGCCACAGACGACGCAGGAGGAGGUUUUUCAGGAAGUCCAGUCCUUGAUCACAUCUUGCAUUGAUGGCUACAAUGUUUGCAUAUUUGCUUAUGGACAGACAGGCGCAGGCAAGACCUACACCAUGGAGGGGGUGGCAGACAACCCAGGCAUCAAUCAACGGGCACUGCAGCUGCUUUUCGCAGAGGUGUCGGAGAAGGCCCCAGACUGGGAGUUCCGCAUCACCGUCAGCAUGGUGGAGAUUUACAAUGAGACGCUCCGGAACCUGCUGGGCGAUAACCCCAGUGAGAGGCUGGAGAUUAAGAUGUGUCCAGAUGGCAGCGGGCAGCUGUAUGUGCCAGGACUCACAGAGAUUAGCGUGCAGAGCGUGGAGGACAUCAACAGGGUCUUCAACCUGGGUUAUGUGAACCGGGCUACAGCCUGCACCAACCUGAACGAGCACAGCUCCCGCUCGCACGCCCUCCUCAUCGUCACCGUGGCUGGGGUGAACACCACGACCGGUCACCGCACGUCAGGAAAGCUGAACCUAGUGGACCUGGCAGGCUCGGAGCGCAUCUCGCGGUCGGGUGCCGAAGGCUGCCGUCUGCGGGAGGCGCAGUGCAUCAAUAAGUCCCUGGCCGCCCUGGGAGACGUCAUCCACGCCCUGCGCUCCCGGCAGCCCCACGUGCCGUUCCGCAACUCGCGGCUCACCUACCUGCUGCAGGACUCGCUGAGCGGGGACAGCAAGACCCUCAUGAUGGUGCAGGUGUCCCCGCUGGACAGCAACAUGAGCGAGUCCGUGUGCUCCUUGAAGUUCGCCCAGCGCGUGCGCUCCGUGGAGCUGGGCCCUGCGAGCGCCACCCGCAGGCCGGCUGACUGCUCCCCCAGCUCGGCCUCCCCCACCCACGACAGUGUGGAGCUGGACUCUCCGCCGGUGACUCCUAUGCCGCUGCCCAUCUCCCGCAUCAGCAGCUCGGGCUCGAUCUCUGCGCUGGCCGGCGCCCGCAGGAAGUCCCAGCCACACCUCUCCUCAGGACGGAUGAAGCUGGCUGCUUGAUAAGACCUCAAGAACCAUAAGGAACCAGAGCUCUGGAUGACUAUGCCAACACCUUACUGGUUCCCAUAUAGCCAAUGGAAUAUCUCAAACUGCUGCAAAGAUUCAUCAUUGAUUGCACCCUGGGUGAAAUAAGCUACCCACUCAGGGUCUGACUGUUUUUUGGCUGACUGCACUGCACUGCGCACUGCACUGGGCACUGCCCUCUCACACUAAUCGAACUGGAGGGUGCAAAACAGGGCACAGUACAAUUUCCCACAGGCCACCUGUCUGCCACUUGGUCCUGGAUCGUCUCACUGCUGCAGCCUGUGAGACUCUUUCACAGACAGUAUUUCGAAUAAGAUGCACUUUAAUGACAGAUUUUGUGCUUUGAUUUUUAUGCAAUCUAGGUAUAACAGGACCUGGAGUCCUGCAGUGGUUUUAUUUCCAAUCCUGCAAUUAAGUGCAAAGUGUAAUCCCUGUACAGCAGACGCUUGUAAUUGCUAGUUAUCUUAACAGCUGGAAAGAUUAAAAUCCAAUGCAUGCACACCCCCAGCCUAGAUUUUGCUUCUAAGUAAACCGAAGACUGGGAAACGUUUGUUUCGGUACAAUCCAUAUCAUCAUGUGACUCUGGGGGAGUACAGCAAACUGCUGUUGAAGUGGACAAUUUUAACGAGGAUGACUCAUCUGUUCAGUCAAGUGUUACGAGACAGAAAUCUCCUCUGGUGUCUUCUGCUGAUAGAUCUUCCGCAGUUUUGAUUGGUACUUGCUUGUGCUUGGCUGUAUGUUGGGGAAAAACGUUGAUUUUCUUAUUUUUAUAUUUUUAAUAAAAUGAGAGUAUUUUCCUCCAAUUUCUUUUCUUUAAGCAUUGAUGGAGUUUGAGGCUUGUGAAUUCCAUGAAUUCCAUGAAUGUGGACACUAAUUGUGAAAAGUAAAAUUUCACUUUAAGCUUU